AUGUGUAAGUUUGAAUUUGUUGAUCAUUGUUGUCUUAAUGUUGGUAAAACAGCAAUAGCUAUAAGAUACUCUGAGGGUGUAUUUCCAACAAGACCACUGUCGACAGUAGGUGCUUCUUUUUUAACAAAAAAUAUAUAUGUAGAUAACAGCAGAAUCAAAUUUCAAAUAUGGGAUACAGCAGGACAAGAUAGAUUUAGAUCACUGGCACCCAUGUAUUACAGAGGUGCUUGUGUAGCUGUUUUAGUUUAUGAUGUGACUGUACCUCUGUCGUUUGAAAAAGUUAAGCUCUGGGUUGAAGAAUUGAAAACAAAUAUUCAAGAGGAAAUAAGAUGUAUGUUACUUACAGUGAUUCAUCUCCGAUAUUCUAUAGUUUUGAUAGUUUGUGGUAAUAAAAUUGAUUUGGUGGAAAAGCGACAGGUAUCUCGAGAGAUAGCACUACAAUAUGCAGGCGAAAUAGGAGCAGUUUAUUUUGAGACAUCGGCAAAGAACAACGAAGGUAUAGAUCAAAUGUUUUUAGAAAUCGCCAAGAAACUACUGCAGAAACACCACCAAUCGAAUAGUCAAGCAGAACCAAGUCCAAAACCAGUACAGAAUUCAUCUGUUUGUUGUAGUUGA